CGGGGCUCGUGUCGCCACCGGGGCUCGGGUCGCCACCGGGGCUCGGGUCACCACGGGGGUGGUGGCACCCUGCCGUGUCCCCGCGGGCUGGUGUCCGUGUCCCCGUGCGGGGUCGCGGGGCUCCCCGUGACACGGGUGACGCUGCGGAAACACACGUGUGUCCCGGCGGGGUCACCGGGGCCACUGCCCGUGCCGCCGUGUCCCCGGGGUGCCACGUGCCCUGGGCUCUGUCCCCGGCCCCGGGGGUGUCCCGGUGCCCGUUCCGGGGAUCCCCGGCCCCCCCCGUUUACCCUCUGGGGCUAUUUUCGGGCUCCGCGGGUAUUUUUGGCCUCCCGAUGCGGAGCUGGCUGGGACGGGCCGUGCCGGUGUCACCCGCCGGGACACCCGAUCCCGGGCGAUGCGGCCGCUGUCCCCGGGGGUGUUGCACAAUUGGGGUCGAGUCUCUCUUGCUGCACCAGCCCCGCGCCGUGAGUCAGCCGCGGGCAGGUGGGGCCGGGCGGUGUCACCCGCGGCCACCGGCCCGGCCGGACAGCGGCUGUGGCCACCGCGGGGGACGCUGGUGACGCGCGGCGCGGCGGUGAUGGCGGAGCAGCGAGAGGAGGACCGGGACUACCGGGAGUACCGGCGGCUGGAGGAUGGGGAGGAGGACUCGCCCCCCGGCGAGGAGGAGGAGGAGCAGCUGCUGCUGCACGUCACCGAAGGACCGACAGACUCGUGGCACCACAUUAAGGACCUGGACAGUUUCUUCACCAAGAUCUACCAGUUCCACCAGAGGAAUGGCUUUGCCUGCGUCCUGCUCUCGGACGUGCUCGAGCUGCUGCAGUUCCUGUUCGUGGUCACCUUCAGCACGUUCCUGCUGUGCUGCGUGGACUACGACGUGCUGUUCGCCACGCGCCCGCUCAACCACAGCCACGUCCCCGAGCGCGCCAAGGUGACGCUGCCCGACGCCGUGCUGCCCGCCCCGCAGUGCGCCCGCAGGCUCCGUGGCAGCGGGUGGCUGCUGUUCCUGCUGGUGCUGGCGGGCGCAGUCUGGCUGUGCCGCCUGGUCACGGCGCUGCGGCGCCUCGUGGGCUACUGGGAGAUCAGGAGCUUCUACAUCCGUGCGCUCGGCAUCCCCGCGGAGGAGCUGUGUAACCACAGCUGGCAGUCGGUGCAGGCCCGGCUGCUGGCCCUGCAGCGGCGCCAGCCCCUGUGCGUGCCGCGCCGGGAGCUGACGGAGCUCGACAUCCACCACCGCAUCCUGCGCUUCCGCAACUACACCGUGGCCAUGGUCAACAAAUCCCUGCUGCCCGUGCGCUUCCGCCUGCCGCUGCUGGGCCCCGUGGUCUUCCUGACGCGCGGGCUGCAGUUCAACCUGGAGCUGCUGCUGUUCCGCGGCCCGGCCGCGCUCUUCCAGAACACCUGGAGCCUGCGGCCGCAGGUGAAGCGGGCGGGCGCGCGGCGGGCGCUGGCGCGGGGGCUGGCGCGGGCGGCCGUGCUGCUGGGGGUGGCCAACCUGGCGCUGUGCCCCUGCGUGCUGGGCUGGCGCCUGCUGCUCGCCUUCUUCAGCUACGCCGAGGGGCUGAAGCGGGCGCCGGGCAGCCUGGGCGCGCGCCGCUGGUCGCUCUACGCGCGCCACUACCUGCGCCACUUCAACGAGCUGGGCCACGAGCUGCAGGCGCGGCUGGGCCGCGGCCACGCGCCCGCCACCAAGUACAUGGACUCCUUCAGCAGCCCGCUGCUGGCCGUGCUGGCUCGCCACGUCGGCUUCUUCGCCGGCUCCGUGCUGGCCGUGCUCAUCGUGCUCACCGUGUACGACGAGGACGUGCUGACGGUGCAGCACAUCCUGACGGCCAUCACGCUGCUGGGGCUCGUGGUCACCGUGGCCAGGUCCUUCAUCCCGGAUGAGCACGCGGUGUGGUGCCCGGAGCAGCUGCUGCAGCGGGUCCUGGCCCACGUCCACUACCUGCCCGAGCACUGGCAGGGCCGCGCCGGCCGCGCCGAGACACGAGCAGAGAUGGCACAGCUCUUCCAGUACAAGGCGGUUUUCAUCCUGGAGGAGCUGCUGAGCCCCCUCGUGACCCCCCUGAUCCUCAUCUUCGCGUUCCCCCCCCGCGCCCUCGACAUCGUGGACUUCUUCCGCAACUUCACGGUGGAGGUGGCGGGGGUGGGCGACAUCUGCUCCUUCGCGCAGCUGGACGUGCGCCACCACGGCAACCCGCAGUGGCUGUCCGAGGGACACACGGAGGCGCCCCCGGAGCGCCAGGCGGAGCACGGCAAGACGGAGCUGUCGCUGAUGCGCUUCGCCCUGAGCAACCCCCGCUGGCGGCCGCCGCCGCCCGCCCGCCGCUUCCUCGGCCACCUGCAGGCGCAGGUGACCCGCGACGCGGCCACCGCGCCCGCGUCCCUGCUGCCCGAGGACUCGGCCCUGGCGCCCGAGGCGCUGCUGAGCAGCGUCCUGGCGGCCGGCGGGCUGCUGGCCCGGGGGCAGCCCUGCAGCACGGCCAGCGCCACCGCCAGCCUGCUGGCGUCCCUGCGGACCCCCCUGGGCACCCCGCCCUGCGCAGCCCCCGACAGCCCCGCGGAGCACCCCGAGGACAGGCCGGCGCUGAGUGAGUCGCGGCUGCGCAGCCUGAGCCGCUCGGCGCUGCUGGCCGAGGUGGCCUCCGCCGAGAUGAGUCUCCACGCCAUCUACCUGCACCAGGUGUGUCACCCGCGCCUCCCGGGGUCCCCCUGCCCGCAGCGCCCCGGGACACGGCUCCCUUGGGCUCCCUGGUGUCUCUCACCAGAGCGUCGCUGUCUGCGUGCUCUGCCUCCUGGCCCUGGUCCCUCGUCCCCGGUGCCAUGCCAGGCUGUCCCCACCCUCCCUGCCCCGCUGGGUGACACCCACCCUCUCUUCCCGGCCACUGACCGCAGCUGGUGUCACCCGUGGUGCCCCUUCUGCCCCCAUUUGGGGCGGGGGAGUGCCCCGGGCUGAGGGACCCCUGUGCUGCCCGCGGGGGGCUCCGAGUGCCAGGCCGGGGGGCUCUGCUGUGCUGGGGGGCUCCAGCAGCACUGUGGGGGCUCUGG